AUGAAUAGAGAUAAAACUGAUACGAAGAAACCUAGUUAUUGGUACUGCGAUAGAUGCGGUCGUAGCAUAAACCAUGGUGAAUUUCGCUAUAAUUGUACUGUUUGCGAUAAUUAUGAUUAUUGUGAACAAUGUGCUACAACAGCUACUCCAAUACAUCCACAUCGAAUGGUUCCUGAGCUUGCGUAUGGUCUCGAAGAAAGUCGAGAGUGUGGUAGAGUAGAUUUUUCUACUGGAAUUCGAGCUGCAAUAGCAAAAUAUUGUGAUCGUCAUUGUUUGGGUACACGAGAUAUUGAUAAUGACAAUCCUUCCAUCUAUAAAGAUUCAUAUUCAUGGAUAACAUUUAAAACUAUAGGUGAUCGAACAAAAAAUUUUGGUCAUGGAUUACGACGUCUAAUCGAACCUCGAGCAUAUCUUGGUAUCUGUGCUGCAAAUAGACCUGAAUGGGUAAUCACUGAUUUUGCAUGUAUUUUACAAAGUAUCAUUAGUGUACCAAUAUAUACUUUGUUUACUGAUCGUGAAAUAGCAUAUGUAAUUAAUAAUACACAAAUAUCAGUGAUUGUUUGUGAUCAAAAUAUGUUAGGAAGAUUUGUUGCAUUACAUUCACAAUGUCCAACACUUCGACAUAUAGUAUGUAUGGAUCCUAUUCUCAAUACAAUAUCUCCAAACAAAUCAGAUAAUGAUCUUUCCAUUCAUUAUAUGGGUGACAUCGAAAAUGAUGGUUUAGCGAAAAAAUAUGAAUAUGUCAGUAUGGAACCUGAUGAUCAUCUCACAGUUAUAUAUACCAGUGGUAGUACUGGCUUUCCUAAAGGUGCGAUUAUCUCAGAAAGUACCUUUCGAGCUACAUUUCCACAUUGGGGAAUGUCAUCUUCUCUUGAACGUAUUACAUUGUCAUAUCGACCAUUAGCGUGGUCAGCUGAUCGUGAUGCUGUUAUUACUACCUUUCUCGAUGGAGGUCGAACUGGAUUUUCGACAGGUGAUCCUUCUCGACUCAUGGAAGAGUUAGCUCUUGUUCGACCAAAUUAUUUUGGUGCUCCUCCAAGUAUUUGGAAUAAAAUAUAUACUGAAUUCAAUACUAGUCUUGCACUUAUCACAGCAAAUUCUACUGUUUAUGCCACCUCAAAAGAAGAACACCAUCUUCUACAACAAUUCUCAAAACUCAUUCCUAAUAGAUGCAAAUCGAUUACGAUUGGUGGUGCAAAAGUUAGUCCAGCAGUAUUAGAUUUUAUGAAACGAUGCUUUACACAUUGUUCUGUCAAUGAAUCAUACGGCAUAACUGAAUGUGGAAGUGUAGCAUAUAAUAAUCAAGCUGAUUAUUAUCUUCAAUAUCGACUUGAAUCUGUCGUUGAUAUGGGAUAUACACUUGAUGAUAAACCAUAUUCAAGAGGUGAACUUUUAGUUAAAACAAAACAAAUGUUUUCAGGAUAUAUUAAUAAUCCAGAUGAAACACAUGCUGCUAUUACUGAAGAUGGAUUUUUUCGAACUGGCGAUAUUGUUGAAUUACGAACUGAUCAAAGUAGUUUACCUCAUAUUCGUGUUAUUGAUAGGAAAAAGAAUUUCUUCAAACUUUCACAAGGACAAUUCGUAUCACCUGAAUAUCUUCAAACUAUUUAUAUUCAAAGUCCAUUCGUUGAACAAAUCUAUAUCCAUGGUGAUCUUUUAUCAGAUUCUGUUUCUGCUGUUAUUGUUCCAAAUCAACAAUAUGCACAAGCAUUUGCACUUCAACAUAAUCUAGCAUUAUUAGAUAUGAACAAUUCUCAUCCAUUAUUUUAUCAAGCUAUUCUUCAAGAUCUUCAAACAAUAGCUAAAAAGGAAUCACUGAGAAAACAUGAAAUACCAUCAUAUAUUAUUAUUGAUUUUCAAGCAUUCACACCUGAAAAUGGUCUUCUGACUUCAUCAAUGAAACCUUGUCGUCAUAAACUAGCAACAUAUUAUGCUGAUCAACUGAAAACAUCAAAUAGAAUUGAAAAAAAACUCAAAACUAUUAUUAAAACAAUUACAAGACAAUCAGUUCUAUCAGAUACAGAUGAAAACUUAUUUGUUAAUACUGGUAAUGAUUCAUUAUCAUCUGUUCGUUUAUCUCGAAUGAUUGAAAAUGAUCUUGGCAUAUCAUUACCAUCAAAUAUUCUUUAUCAUCCACAGCUUAAUUUACAACAAUUAACAAAUCUUAUUCAAAAUCCUUCUCAAAUUUCAUUAUUUUCCAAACAAACAAUUCAAUCACAAUUAAUAAAUCAUUCUCAAUUAGAUUUAAAUAUUACAAUUACUAAUCAUAAAUCAACCGCAUCAAUCAAUUAUCCAUCAAAAAUAUUUAUCACUGGAACAACAGGUUUUGUUGGUGCAUUUGUUUUAUCUGAAUUAUUAACAACAUAUUCAUCGACAUGUCAGUUUGUAUGUUUAGUUCGAUGUAAUAAUGAAACUAAUUCACUAGAUCCAUUUGAUCGUAUUAAAAAUAAUAUGAUAUUUUAUAAAAUCUGGAAAGAUGAAUAUAAACAACAAAUUCUUGCAUUAAAAGGUGAUUUAACAAAGUUUCAUUUUGAUUUAAAUGAUGAAAUUUAUAAUCAACUUCAUGAUGAUAUUGACAUGAUUUAUCAUUGUGGUGCAAAUGUUAAUUUUAUUCUUUCAUAUAAUCAACUUUAUCCUACAAAUGUUGUUGGAACAAAAGAAAUGAUUACUUUUGCUUGUUUUAAUCCAUCUACUUGUAUACCUAUACAAUAUAUUUCAACGAUAAGUGUUGUGUCAAAUCAUCUUGAUUUUAAUCAAAAAAUAUCGAUUGAUAAUAUUUCACCUAGUAAAUUAGUUAAUGGUUAUGCACAAAGUAAAUGGGUUGCAGAAAAAUUAAUUCAAAAAGCAAUUGAUUAUGGAUUAUCAGUUAAUAUUUAUCGUCUUGGAUUAAUAUGUGCUGAUAGUAGAACAGGUGCAUGUAAUCAACAUGAUUUUUAUACUUUAUUAUUUAAUGAAAUUAUGAAAAUACAUUCUUAUCCUCAAUCAAUGAUUUCAUAUCAUUUUAAUGGAUUACCAGUGGAUUUUACAGCUAAACUUAUUGUUCAUUUAAGUAGUAAUCAAGAUAGUAAGUAUGGAAAUAUUUAUCAUUUAAUCAAUAGAAAUUGUGAAAUAAAAUGUGAUGAAAUAAUUGAUGGAAUGAAAAAAUGUGGUAUUGUAAUUGAAGGUAUUGAUGAUAAUGAAUGGAAAAUGAAAAUGAAAACAAUUGAGAAUGGAGAAUUAUUUGUUGGAAAUAUAUUUGGGGAAAGAAAUGGAGAAUCAAAUGGGAAAAUGAAUACUAAUGUUUGUGGAUUAGAGUGUCCAUCAGUAGAUAAAGAGUACAUAAUUAAAUGGUUAGGUUUUAUAUUAAAUAAUAUUUCAAAACGCUGA